UUCUUCAGUCGACGACACACUGUCCCGAGAUGCACACGUGUUUUAAUUGUCGCUCUUAUUUUUUAUUAAAAAAUUGUAUACCUUUUUUACGGAGUGCUCGAAUAAAGUUGGAUAUAUAUUUUUGAACUAACUUGAAUUCAUAAUGAUAACUUUACGUAUGAUUUUUUUCUUUGUCAUUAUCGUUUAAUCGAACAAAAAAAUAAUAAUACUAUAUUAAUUUUGUCGAGCAAAUUAAACGAUAAAAGAGGAGAGGAAAAAAAUUAACGAGAAAUAUGUCACGUAGGAAUAAACCAAUAAAAAUUACUGCGGUCGGAGAUGGAAUGGUCGGAAAGACGUGCAUGCUUAUUACUUAUACUACGAAAAAGUUUCCAACGGAAUAUGUGCCUACUGUCUUCGACAAUUAUGCAGAUAUUAUUCGUUUAGAUAGCCAAGAAUUUGAUAUAACCCUUUGGGAUACAGCCGGUCAAGAAGAUUACGAACGUCUUCGGCCAUUGUCAUAUCCAAACACCGAUUGUUUUUUACUUUGUUUCUCGAUCAGUGCUCGUAGUUCAUAUGAAAAUGUCGCGAGUAAAUGGUAUCCAGAGAUAAAACAUCAUUGUCCGCAUAUACCAAUAAUACUUGUUGGUACUAAAAGUGAUCUCAGAGAUCAAGAAAAUUUAGAUAUAAUAACGCCACAUGAAUGUAAAAAAAUGAAAAAGAAAAUUAAAGCCUCGAAGUACGUCGAAUGUUCAGCUGUAAAACAAGAAGGCUUGGAAAAUGUCUUUGUAGAAGCCAUUAGAGCAGUUUUGAAAAAACCGCCAUCUAGAAAACUUUGUUAUAUUUUUUAAAGAAACCCACAAAAAUCCCCAUAUUAUUUAUAUUUAAAUUUAUUAACUCAAGUUAUAUUCACAAGCAAAUUCUAAUAUAUGUACAUUUUAUUACUAUCAAUCGCGUACUACGUAGAAUACUCGAUUAUUAGACAAUGGAA